UAGAUAUACAGUACGGGUGACGGCUGGGUUUGUUUCAGAAGAAUCGUCUCCCGACCCGGUCCGGCUUAUCCAAGCUAUAGCAACGUUAAGGGUAAAUGUAAGAUUGGAGACACUUUGUCGUCCCGCUUUUUAACUCAGCCACCAAAUCUGAAUCGUUACCUCCCCACCUAUUUGGCUAUUUUCAAUCUCAGGAAUCGUCUUCUUCGCUAAAACCCUCCUUAAGCCUAACUCUUUUUUUUGCCGAAAUACCCCAUGUCGCCCUUGGGAUCCCAAUGAAGCGCGUUCUAAAAAUCUCAGACGCCGCAGCAGCCCAAUCGGAGAAGCUGCUAUUGAAUCUCCACAAGCACCCUUCGAAACCCAAAUCUUUAAUCUCACUUUCAUGUGCUACUCCAAGAUCCUCCCUUUACAGAUUUUAUGGAGACACUGUUGCCCCUACCACGCAUGCUCCCCUGCCCAAUAAAGUCCCCGUUAAUGUUAUCAGCUUGUUCAUUGAAAAGCUUUCUCUGGCAGACUCCCAACGCGGCCCCAACCAGGAAUUGAUGCAGAAAGUGUUUCAGCUCAGAAUGGAAUUGGUCAACGGUGUUUAUUCUUCAGGGGAAGUGGUCCAGAUUUUGGAGGGGAGAGGUGAUUGGUUACUUGGGUGUUAUGAAUAUCAGGGUGGUGUGCCUGCGCGUACCAAAGAAACCGAUGACCGUGCUUUUUCAGAGUUAUUGAAAAAUCUGGGUUCUUGGCCUAAUUUGGCAUUGGAGGUAUUUAAUUGGAGGAGAAGAAAGAUAGAACAAGGUUAUCCCAUGACGUCGGAAGAAUAUGCUAGUGGCAUCACUAUUGCUGGUAGGAUUAAGAAUGUAGAUCUUGCUGUUGAGCUUUUUUCCGAGGCUGAUAGUAAGCAGCUCAAGACAACGUCUACCUACAAUGCGUUAAUGAGUGCCUAUAUGUUCAAUGGUCUCAUUGACAAAUGCCAAUUAGUGUUUCGGAAUCUGAAAAAAGAACCGUAUUGUAGUCCUUCAAUUGUAACUUAUAACAUUCUUAUAUCAGUCUUUGGUCGUUUGAUGCUGAUUGAUCACAUGGAGGCAGCAUUUCAGGAGAUUCAACAUUUAAAUCUCUCCCCUAAUGUAAGUACCUAUAACAAUUUAAUUGCUGCAUAUGUGACUGCUUGGAUGUGGGAUCGGAUGGAAAGAACUUUCCAUUUGAUGAAGGCUGGACCAGUUAAGCCUGAUAUUGAUACUCACUUGCUUAUGCUUCGAGGAUAUGCACACUCAGGGAAAUUGGAUCAAAUGGAAGAGACAUACCAAAUGUUAAAGCAUCAGGUGGAUGUCAAAACCCCAUUGAUCAGAGCCAUGAUAUGUGCAUAUUGCAAGAGUUCAGUCGAGGAUAGGACUAAAAAGGUUGAGGAACUGUUAAGGCUAAUUCCAGAAGAUGAAUACAGGCCUUGGUUACAUGUCUUGUUGAUUAGACUUUAUGCUCGGGAGAAUAAUUUAGAGAAUAUGGAGAAGUUGAUUGACGAGGCUUUUGAGCGCAAGACCUCUGUAUUUACUGUUCCUGUAAUGCGUUGCAUUAUCAGUACUUAUUUCCGUUACAAUUCAGUGGACAAACUGGCAAGUUUUAUAAAGCGCGCAGAAUGUGCUGGAUGGAGAAUCUGCAGGUCUUUGUAUCACUGCAAAAUGGUCAUGUAUGGCUUACAGACGCGCUUGGAAGAAAUGGAGAAUGUCCUUAAUGAGAUGAAUAAUGUCCGCAUCAAUCACACUAAAAAGACAUUUCUCAUAUUGUACAAGGCAUACUUAAUGUGUGGUAAAAGACAUAAGGUUGAAACUGUAGUGGGAUUGAUGUGCAAACGUGGCUAUCGAAUUCCGUUGGAAACAUUUCUUUCAUAAUAAAUCUUUUGUGAAGCAAUGUACCGACAGAAGUUGCAGGAAACGUUUAGCCGAUUAGCAUUUCUGGUUCAUCAUGAUCACAGCACUGAAUAGAGAUUUGAAAUUACCCAUAGGCACACAUCUUUUCUUGGUUUGACUUACUCCCCAAGUGUUGGUGUUCUAUGAAAUGUUGUCACUAGGAAAUGAUACAUCAUGUACUUGACCCCCCCCCCCACAAAAGCGUCACUUGAGCUCUUUCCCCCAAUUUUUAUUGUAUGAUUCAACAGCCAUCAUAGUUUUUUCUGGCAUUGUGAAAUUAUUCAUCUUAAUAACAAUCAUCAUUUGAUCCUA